UGUCACUUGUCAGUGUCAAGAAUAAAAUACACUUUAACCUAAAAGUGCUGCAUAAAAUAUCCAAUACUUAAAUUAAAAAUUAAUUGAAUUGAAAAAAAAACAGUGUACGUUUUUCGAUAUCACAUUAUAAUAAAUUGUUAAUAGGUAGGUCUGGUAAAAUUAAAAUUGGAAGCCAUGGCUUUAUUACAAAUGUUUCGUACCGCCCAAACUAAUGGGGCUACACGUUCUCUGUGUUGUACAGCGGCGCUACAAUCAAAGGAGUGGCGUUUAUCGAAAGGGUUCUCAGCAAAUCGCACCGCUGAAGGUAUCCUAACUGAUGGACCAGAUUAUACAUUUUUGGAUGGAAGACCAACACCGUUACUGAAAAAGCAACAACUCCGCAUGAUUAAACAACAGGACUAUGCAACAAAAAUAGUUGAACUAACAUCUGAGUUAGAAUUUGCUAAAAAUAGAUACCAAGAUAAAAUUAGAAUGGAACAAGAAGAAAGGGAUGCUGUUUUAAGGAACAGGUUAAAGCCAAAGGGCAAACAAUUAAAGAAGUGAAUAUUAGAUUAUACAUAGUUUUAAUAGUUAGUAAAUAGUAAAUAAAUGCUUAAUU